AUGGGGAGAAGACGAGAUGGUUCCUGUGAGCACACAGAAGAGAGGAAAACCUAUGCAAUGCCUCCAGGCACUGUGCUAGAAACAGACCCGCUGGGGUUGUUGGGCCUCCUGGGCCCUCCUGCUCCUUUGGCUCUGGUCUGUGUGAUUGCUGCCUGGUGUAUUUCAGCCCCUGCAGAGAAGAGGGGAUGCUGCCCCUGGAUGAGCCCCUGGGUCAUUGCUGUGAUCUCCAUCCUGAUCCUCAGUGCCUGUUUCAUCUCCAGCAUCCUCGUUACCUGGCAUUGGGACACUAGGACACGGCACAAAGAGCAAGAGAAACUGUCUUGGCUGCGCCAGUAUCUGAAGGAAAAAACUUGUGUUUCAGAUGGUCAGGAAGGGAAAGAGCAAGUCUGGACGUGCUGUCCCGAGGGCUGGGAGCCCUUUCAGGCCAACUGUUACUACUUCUCUAAAGACUUUAUGACCUGGGAUGACAGUGAGAGGAACUGCACAGGGAUGGGCUCCCACCUGGUGGUAAUCAACACAGAAGCUGAGCAGGAUUUCAUCUUCACUCGGGUAAAUGGAACAGUUACAGGCAGCGAAGGAAGGAAUUACUGUAUUGGUCUGACUGAUAAGGAGAAGAAAGGCCAGUGGCACUGGGUGGAUGAGACUCCAUAUAAUGAUACUGCAGCGUUCUGGAGACCUGGAGAACCCAAUAAUGAGCCCAGUGAGUACUGUGCUGUCAUGCAUGUGGAGGGAAAACAAACCAAACAUGGAAACAGGAAUUGGAAUGACAUCGCAUGUUUCAAAGUAUAUAAUCGAAUUUGUGAAACUGCAGCACUUAUAUUUUGAAGAAACCCUGUCCUGGAUAUGAAGCUGAAGAGUCAGCACAUCUCUCGCUUGGGUCAGCUCACAGAGACCUCUGGCAGGAGGGUUUGGAUCAGCCCUCGGCUAUCAUGACAUUGGGUGUAGGCAGUGGAGGAUGAUGCUGGGGCCCAAACUCACUCACUAGAUCAAUUUUGGAAAAAUUUGAAAACUGCUGAAAAUAUCUAAUGUGGAACAAGCCAAAGUGCAGUGAGCUCUGCCUGUGAUGUCAUUGAAGCUCCCAGGAGACUGGUAGAGGAGGCAGGCUGGGAAAGGCAGGAUCAGUGGGUUUGCUCUGGGAAAUGUUGAAAGGGGGUUUCCUGUUCAUAUUAACCCUGCCAGUCCUGCUCCAGGUAACAACUUACCAGGAAUAAGGUCCUAUCCAUGCCGCAAAAAUAACUAGGUCUGAUCUUCUUUCCUCUUGACUAUCCUACAACUCAACUUCCCCUUGAAACAGAAAUGGGGCUUUGUCCAUGUCCCUGUGCAAUGCUAAAACCCUUAAAUGGUCCAACGCUUUAACAUCACUCAGGGACAAGGGGUUGUCUACAUUGGAAUUGGACUGACUGAACUACAUAGGUUUACAAACAGUUUAGUUCCAUUGGUGCAACCCCCCUGUGUGGAGGCUUUUAUUGUGGUUUAGGACUGAUGCUUUAUACCCAGUCAGUGAGAAAUCACCUAACCUAAAUUACUGUAGGGCUCCUUUAUACAGAAACAAGAGUGUUCGCAGGGAGGGGCUUGCACCAAUUUAACCCAGUCAGCAUUGUAGCAAAGAGGCAUGGCCUCCCUCAGAGAUUGACAGCAAGGGACGGCCAAACACUGCCCGUGGGUGGAACCAGAAAGGCCACACCCACCACACCAGAAGCAGAGGGCGGUGACACAGGGAC